AACACACGCGACACGCGUUUAUCGUUUUCAUCGAAACUUGCUUCAAGAACACCAUCAACAACGGCGGCGAUCGGCGUUGGGGUGCAGCCCGUGUUAUCAGCCGGCUAUCAUAGCACGGUGCCACCCCAGAACGGGGGUGGUGGUUCGACAUUUAGUGCCGCGGCGAUGGUGGCAGCUGCCACCGCUACGGCCACCGCCACUGCCAGCGUGGUGGCCAUGCAGGACCGCCAAGACAUCCCUUCCCAAUUUAAUCAGAUGCAGAGCCAACAUGGAAUACCCCACCAAACGUACAACGCAGGGUACGCCCAAAGAGGACCAAUGGCCGGAAUGGGGCCAGUCGGGAUGAGCAACUUCAAUAGCAUGGGCACGAUGAGCCCAAUGCAUUCUAUGAAUUCCAUGAAUUCGAUGAACAGUAUGAAUGGCAUGAACUCGAUGAAUCCUAUGUCGAUGGGAGGUAUGAACGGUAUGAAUGGUAUCAACGGAAUGACCCCCAUGAGCUCCAUGAGUAACAUGGGUAAUAUGGGCAUGAACAAUAUGAUGGGACCUAAUAACAUGCAAAUGAACAAGAUGAGCAUGCAGGCUCAACCUCAUCAAGGCUAUCCAAGGAGAUUAGCGCCUUAUCCAAACCCCGCAAUGCACAUGGCGCAAAAGAGGCAACAGGGCCCAUACGCCGGGCCCAACCCGGCUGCGAUGCAGCCAGCCUUCAACGGUAUGUCGACGACGCAAUAUCCGACCAGUUACCCUGCUGCAGCGAGGCCGAAUUUCCAACCUCAGUACCAGCCUAUGCAGACUAUGAAUCCAUCGGCUGCUGGAUUUGGGCCUAACUCCAUGAUACGUAGUAGUAACAUGAGGCAAACUGCACCUUCAUACAACACCGCCAAUCAGGCGGCAAGCAAUCAAUAUUACGGUAGCAAUGGUAUACCGGUUAGUAUGGGACCUACGACGGUUGGAAAUCAGUUCGUUGGCCACCAACCAAACUCAGGGUACGCCGGUAGUGCAUCCUCGUAUGGUGCAACCGGUGCUACAACCAGUCAAUACCAACAAGAUGUUGCAUCGAUGAGAACGACGGGUGCGGGAAGUCUGAAUUACCAACACAGUCCUAUCCCCGGUAAUCCGACUCCACCGUUAACACCGGCCACUAGUAUGCCUCCUUAUAUCAGUCCAAACCCGGAUAUCAAGCCUAAUUUCAACGAAAUGAAGUCACCGGUUAACAUUCAGAAGGAUGAUGAGUUAAGAUUGACAUUCCCCGUGAGGGAUGGCAUUAUUCUUCCACCCUUUCGCUUAGAACAUAAUCUGGCUGUAAGCAAUCAUGUUUUCCAACUGAAGUCUACGGUGCAUCAGACGUUGAUGUGGCGGUCCGAUCUAGAACUGCAACUCAAAUGUUUCCACCAUGAGGAUAGGCAAAUGAACACAAAUUGGCCGGCGAGCGUACAAGUCUCUGUAAACGCUACGCCAUUGGUUAUUGAUCGUGGUGAGAAUAAAACGUCUCACAAACCCUUAUACCUGAAGGACGUUUGUCAACCUGGGAGAAACACGAUACAAAUUACCGUAUCAGCAUGUUGUUGUUCCCAUUUGUUCGUGCUUCAAUUAGUUCAUCGACCAAGUGUGAGAAGCGUACUUCAUGGAUUGUUACGUAAAAGGCUACUUACGGCGGAACAUUGUAUUACUAAAAUUAAACGGAAUUUCAAUAAUACUAUUUCAAAUAAUGGUAUACAGUCGGAGAAAGAUGUCGUAGAACAAACAGCACUUAAGGUAUCCUUAAAAUGUCCUAUUACUUUUAAACGUAUUACACUGCCAGCUAGAGGACACGACUGUAAACAUAUUCAGUGCUUCGAUUUAGAAUCAUAUUUACAGCUAAAUUGUGAACGAGGAUCCUGGCGAUGUCCUGUAUGCACAAAACCUGCACAAUUGGAAGGUUUAGAGGUUGAUCAGUACAUGUGGGGCAUUUUGAAUACUUUAAACACUGCGGAAGUGGAGGAAGUUACGAUAGAUUCGAUGGCAAAUUGGAAACCGGCGAAGAAUUUGACUGGUAUAAAAUCUGAAGAAGAAAGCGAUUGCAAGAGAAUGACAAAAGCAAUGUCACCUGGAAGUAUGAAUAUGCCUACUAUGAAUAAUUGGGAUAUGAAUCAAGCAAUGAGUCCGUAUAUACCGCCUGAUAUGAGUAGCAUCGUUAGCGGCUCUAUGAUGAAUAAUACACCAACUACGUACGGAAACAAUAAUAUCAAUCAUCGGAACUCGUCGGGAGGAUCUUUUGAUAUUAACUCCGGAACGAAUGCGAAUACCAAUAAUGAUUACACUAAUGGAGCAGGUCCUCUUUCGCACUUAAACGAAUCAGUGAAUUCUUUAGAUCCUCUUAAUGCUAUGGAGAAAUCACUUAAUGAUCAAAUGCCCCAUACACCGCAUACACCUCAUACUCCUCAUACACCACAUACACCAGGUGGUGGAAAUAGUGGUCCACCAAGUGUUCCUCCUGCAUCCCAGGAAUCCACUGGAAACCUCAACACAUCUGGUAAUACGAAUACAAACAUAAACAACGAUACUGCAGAUAUACCGUCAGAUUUAAAUUUUGAUCCAGCUGCAGUGAUAGAUGGUGAGGGUACAGGUCAAGAAGCGUUGAAUCUCUUGCCGGAUAAUGUUGUGGAUCCAAUGGAAUUACUUUCAUAUUUAGAUCCACCAGAUUUGAAUACCCCUCCCAGCAGCGGCGCUAGCAGUGGUAACCCCUCAUCGAGCGAUGACAUACUAGCACUUUUUGAAUAAAACAUAACGGGCAUCUCGUAAGAGAAAUAAUCAAAUUGCGACCCUGACGUUAAGAAAGAAAACGAUAUCGGCAGGUUUGCAUCUUACUACAAAUAUAUUUCUAAUUAAAUGAAAAUAUUUGUAGUGAGCGAUUUCAAAAACGUAUUGGGGUCACUGUUGGGUGCUCUCACCUAAUUCAAUGGUACAAAAAAUCUUAGCUCUAAUUGUAAUAUUCCUAUCGACAAAGUUAGGGCAUAUUAUUAGAUUUAAAGACUAUGACUUUUAAUAAAUAGGUAAAAGCACCACGUAGUGCUUAUUUGUAAAGAUGUUAUUGCACGGAUUAUGUUUAGUCCUUUGACGUUGGAAAUGUUUAUUUCCAAUAGAAAUGCGUUAUAUAACAUUGUGCCGGGCAUAUGUUCCAGAACUGAUCACCGCAAAUGUACCACAAUUAUAUUAAUUGUGUUCAAAAACAAUGGUAAUCGAAUUUUUUAAUACAGAAUGUAGAGUAAUGUUUUGCACAGAAAGGUUUUACAUAUAGAUUAAUAUUAUGGAAAAAUGUUCGUUUGAUAUGGUAAAUGUGCAA